AUGAUAAAACAUGCGGCCACUCGGCCUUACAACUUUCCCUCCAUAAGCUUAAAGAACCCAAGAAUUAACCAUAAUUACAAGCAACUUUUACGUUCAUGCGAAGAUUUAAAAUCUCUCCUUCAAAUCCAUGCACAACUGCUAGUUUCAGGAAUCAAAUUUGAUGAUUCCAUUAAUACCCAUUUAGUAAAAUCUUACUCAUUAUUUCAUAAACCGGACAUUGCUCGGUUAGUCUUUGAUUUUUCUGAAAACCCAAGUGUUGUAUUAUGGAAUUCGAUGAUCAGAGGUUACACAAGAACCAAUCAGAACAGAGAAGCUCUGUUUAUGUAUCAAAAAAUGAGAGAAAAAUGUGUAAAACCAGACAAGUAUACCUUCACUUUUGUAUUGAAAGCUUGUACUGGUACUUUAAAUUUAGAAAUGGGUUUGCGAAUACAUGAAGAACUGGCCAAGGAGGGACUGGAAUCUGAUGUUUUUGUUGGGACUGGUCUUGUUGAUUUUUAUUGUAAAGUGGGGAAGGUAGAUGUUGCCAAGGAAGUGUUUGAGAAAAUUCCUGACUUGGAUGUUGUUGCAUGGAAUGCAAUGAUUGCGGGGUUUUCACAAAGUUUGGAACCUUUUGAAGCUUUGAGGAUUUUUUAUAAGAUGCAAUUAGCUGGAAUUGAACCUAAUUUAGUGAGUUUGUUAAACUUGUUUCCUGCUGUUUCUAAGUUAUCUUCUGUUCAUUCUUGUAGAGCUAUCCAUGGUUUUGUUAUCAGGAAAAGGUUUCCGCAUUUUGUUUUGAAUGGUUUGAUUGAUAUGUACUCGAAAUGUGGAGAUGUAGAUUCGGCUCGGUUGGUAUUUAAUCGGAUGUUUGGUCGAGAUGAUGUUUCAUGGGGAACGAUGAUGGCUGGUUUUGUUCGUAAUAGUUGUUUCGCUGAAGCACUAGAAUUAUUUGAUUGCAUAAAGAGAGAAAAAUUGAAGUUGAAUCAGGUAUCAGCAGUGAGUGCACUUUUGGCUGCCGCUGAGAUAAGAGAUUUAGAGAAAGGGAGAGAGAUUCAUGAUUACUCUGUUCGAGCUGGAAUUGAUUCAGAUAUUCUGGUUGCUACUCCUCUUAUGACAAUGUAUGCGAAGUGUGGGGAGUUGGAGAAGGCAAAGCAAAUAUUUGAGGACAUCCCUCGGAAGGAUAUUGUCAUCUGGUCUGCAGUAAUAGCUGCUUUUGUACAAAAUGGAUAUCCAAAAGAAGCCUUGUCUUUGUUUCGGGAAAUGCUAAGAGGAAAUCUUAAACCAAAUAAAGUUACUGUGAUGGGUGUUCUUCCAGCUUGUGGAGAAACAUCAGAUAUUAACUUGGGUAGGAGCGUACACUGUUACGUGUUGAAAUCUGAAAUUGGCUUGGAUGUGUCAACUGGAACGGCUCUAGUAGCUAUGUAUGCCAAGUGUAGACUCUUCUCUUUUGCACACACACUAUUCAGUCGAUUGCCACAGGAAGAUGUUAUAACUUGGAAUGCUUUGAUAAAUGGGUAUGCCCAGUUUGGCGACUGUAAUCGUGCUAUGGAGAUGUUCCAUCAAUUACGAGCUGCAGGUCAUUAUCCAGACUCGGGAACCAUGGUAGGUGUUCUUCCAGCAUGUGCAACUAUGAAUGCGCUAGAGCAAGGCACCUGUAUUCAUGGGCAAAUCAUUAAAUUUGGGUUUGAAGCUGAUAUCCAUGUAAAGAAUGCCCUCAUAGACAUGUAUGCAAAGUGUGGCAGUGUAACCACUGCGGAAUAUUUAUUCAAUGAGCCUGAAUUCACCAAGGAUGAGAUAUCUUGGAAUAUAAUAAUUUCAUGCUAUAUGCAAAAUGGGAGGGCUAAGGAAGCUAUAUCUGCUUUCUGCCAGAUGAGAUCUGAGGGUGUUUGGCCUAAUUUAGUCACUAUUAUAACUAUUCUUCCAGCAGCAGCGUUUUUAGCAGCUCUCAAACAAGGUAUGGCAAUUCAUGCUUACGUAGUUCAUACUGGGUUUGGAUCUAAUGUACUCGUAGGAAAUAGUCUCAUUGACAUGUACGCUAAAUGUGGGCGGUUGGAUUACUCGGAGGACUACUUUGAUCAGAUGAAAAAUAAAAACUCUGUGUCAUGGAAUGUAAUGCUAUCAGGGUAUGCUAUACAUGGACUUGGCAAGGCCGCGGUGGCACAUUUUCACCGAAUGCAAGAGACUUGCGUUGAAGUUGAUUCUGUUUCCUUUGUUAGUCUCCUAUCAGCUUGCAGACAUGGUGGUUUGAUAGAAGAAGGGAGAAAGGUUUUCCAUUCUAUGAGCCUCGAACACCAAAUAGAGCCAAAACUAGAGCACUAUGCCUGUAUGGUGGAUCUUCUAGGUCGUGCGGGUGAACUGGAUGAAGCUUUGAACUUCAUUCAGAAAAUGCCAAUGGCAGGCGAUGCUGUUGUUUGGGGUGCCUUAUUAGGUGCAAGUAGAAUGCACUCUAAUGUUCAGAUAGGAGAAAUAGCAUUGGUUCACCUAGUUAAUCUUGAACCUCAAAACGCCACUCAUCAUGUUGUGCUCUCAAACAUUUACGCUCAAUCCGGUAGAUGGGGUGAUGUGAGGAAGAUGAGAAAAAGUGUUAGCAGCAUGGGGCUGAAGAAAACUCCAGGAUGCAGUUGGGUUGAGAUUAAAAACGUAGUUCACGCUUUCAAGGCGGGUGAUCAAACACACCCACAGUUUGAUAAAAUGCGCCGACUGUGGAAUGAUUUACAUGAGAAAAUGGAGAGGAUUGGUUAUGUCGCGGAUACAAGCUGUGUUCUGCAUAAUGUGGAAGAAGAGGAGAAAGAAUCGUUCUUAUUCAGUCAUAGUGAGAGACUUGCUAUUACAUUUGCUCUUCUUAAUACAGAACCAGGGAUGCCUAUCAACAUAGUUAAGAAUUUACGUGUUUGCUUGGACUGUCAUAUUGCUAUAAAGCUAAUUUCGCAGAUAACAGGCCGCAAAAUCAUUGUCAGGGAUGCAAGCCGUUUCCACCACUUCGAGAAAGGUACAUGUUCAUGCAACGAUUACUGGUGAUCCCAAUCACUGAAGCCUUUGUUAGUCACUCACUGUUACACUGUACAUAGGUUAGAACGACAAUAUUCAUUUAAAACUUGACGUAUAGUUCAGUGUACCUACUACUUCUCUGGUACAGGGGAGAAACCUAGAGAGUGGGACUCAACUGGGGAUGUUAAUUAAUAAAUAAUGAUGGAUGUUUUCCACGCUUGGUCUUGUUGUUGUUGGACUUGGAUCUACAACCAACACACUACUACUAAUCACUCACGUGGCUUUUGUGUUUUGGACUAUCUGUUGUGUGGAAUCAUUUGCC